CCUAAUUCGGGAUACUCUAGAGAAGCAUGCUUAACGUUAAAUUCACGUUCUCAGCCGGUUGUAAUAAUAAAUCACUGGUUGAGUCGUGCAAUGUUGAAGCUAUUCCAUAGUCCUAUGAUGAAGUUUUGAGUGAACAAUGCAUUUUCCGAUGACUUAGUUUUCUUAACAAAUAUCUGCGUGUAUCAUGUUUUUGUGAUACCAUUAUUUUAUGACAAGCAUCGAUACUAUUACGUAGCUAGUAUGUUUUACUUCCGUGGGUAUGCAGUUUUGCUGGAUAAAUUUAUCUGAGCGACUUUACACAUGGUAUGGCACGCACGGAGUUGUAUCAGAAGUUUCCUUCUGAUCAACAACCCAUGCAUCUGUUCAUCAGGGGUGGGUAUCAACAUGUUCAUAAAACGGAACAUAUAGACUUGUUUGGAACAUUUGUAGUGAUACACAAACGGAAUGGCAUGAUUUAGAUUAAAGCGCUACUUCUAAGAGCUGUCAGCACAACCAAAUGGACUCUAGUUUUACUUCAUUUCACCACAGGGUAUUCGAGACUGGUCCUGGUGAACUUCCCACUAGUUGUCGAUAGCUAAGUCACGGUUUGUCUUUGUUGCAUACUAAUCGAUACUCAGAUCUGGUUGAUCGUCCAGAGUAUAUCCCGAAUGCGUAGAUCGUGAGCUACUUACCGUGUCAAAUGUUUGGUUUUUAUGUGUGGUUAGCAGUACAAACCUGAUGAUGACAGUACCCGUUUUGUGAAAAAUGAUAGGACGGUAUUACGAGGUGUCACCCGUGAGUGUCCUACCAGUGAAUCUGAAGUGUGACAUAGUCAUACUGGAGCACUCACCAUCCAUCUUGUAUAUUGUUGAGAGAUAUCGCCUCAGGAUAGCUCACUGUUGCAAAACCAACUUUGUAUACUGACAACUUGGUGAAGGGUAUUCCGCUAGGCUGUGAUGAAAGGAGAAUUAUAAUUUAAUGUGCGAGCGUAAAAAUUUACUGUGUUCUUACAUCAGAUAACACGUAGUCUGGACAAUGGAUCGGUCGGCGACCGAGCACUAGUCACAACACGGAUUUAGUGUUGUACUUGCGAAGACUGAUUGGAACUAUACAUGUUGGAAGUGCAAAGGGGUUAUUUAGUUGCAGCUGGACGGAGUGUGCGGUUUAUGAGGAUACCUGAACGAUGAGUUUCCGAGAUACAACCCUGCUAAACAUACGUCCAGAGUUCUACCUAAAUUGUUUCGUGUGCUAGGCCAUCAGGUUCAUGCAUCACUUAUCAAAGGGAAUGGUAGUGCGAGUGGUGACCUGUGAGACAAACGUGCUUGGAAAUAACUAGGUGAAUCGUUGAAGAUGUUGAUCAAUUUAUGUGGCUAAACAUAUGGAAAAGGUUAUCAGCUCUUUCACAGUUAAAGAAACGAAAACGAGGAUAUGUAUGAUUCAGGAAUGGUUCGGAAUAAGAAAAAUCUGCUUCACGUUUAUUGUUGUGUUUUCUGGGCUGGAUGGUUUAGCGGUGAAACUUUCAUCGUCACCCUAGACACCAUGAUCAGCACAAACUCCAGAAGCAAGUGAGUUGCAAGGAAUUCUCUGUAAUCAACGUAGUAAGUUGUCCAGGUGAUCUCGGGUUUGAUCGGCGUUUUCUUUCGUAAUACUAUUAUUGUCAGCAUUCGUAUUUCGACUGCUUCCUGUCAAUCCAAACUUGAAAUGAAUCUCAGAUUAUAACUAGGGAAUUUCGGAUGUAAUGAUUGAUGUCUUCUCUAGGCUAAUCGAAUAAUAUCUGCGACCGGUAUAUCCCCUAACCAUAUUAGAAAGUGAACUGAAAUACUUGAAGAUCAUCGUACACUGACUGUUUUAGGGAGGGGAGUGUCAGAAAGGUGAAAACUAACAGCAAGCAACAAAGAUGGUAAAUUCCCGCAUCUCGUUUCUAUGAGUUUCUGAAUAGCUUGAAACCCAGCACGAACUUCAGAUGCCAUGUGAUUAUUCAGCUUGUGGCUUAGCUGUGGUCAUAUAUACUUGGUGAUGUUACUUAAUGGUUUUUAAAAGGUGUCUCUGUGGCAACAAGUAUGUUGAUAUGAUGUAAUGUGGGUUCUUCACGUACAUUACAUGCGUUAAUGUUCAUACUGGAGGUUUCAAAAUGGGCGUAUAAUGUACCCGAAAGGAGGCGAGAGAUAUUUUCUAUAUGUAAGUGUAAGAAGUAUCUUAGUUACGGAAAGCAUAGAAGGGAUCUAGGGAAAGUACGACUAUGGAGUUAAAACUGGUGGUUUAGCGGAUGAAUAGGACGUUAUACGUAGGAAGCAUGGAAGUUCGUUUGUGAUUCAGUGUUCGGUUCAGGUUGAAGCAGUUUAAUGACACCCAUGAAGCUCACUAUGGUAGGUAUGCAGCCGGGUAGAACUAGGUAGUGGAAAGUCAAACUCAAUUGACAGCCGUUUUGAAAAAUUCUGGUGUGAAGAUUUUGAUGAUGGACUGACUUUGAGUGUUCGUGCUAAUCGCUUCGUCGGAUUAGAUUAUACCAAUGGGGUAACGUUUCGUCUGUAGGAGGAGGUUAUGGUCUGUAGAAGUAGAUAUUAAAAACCAUUGAGUAUCUUUCGAAAGUUUUUCCUAGGCUGAUUUGUUAAAAUCCAUCAACUGCAUUUUCAUUAGAUCUAGUUCUAUGCUUAAAGGUUUGUUGGAAUAGUUGGACUUCAUUGAGUAUCAGUUUUCGCAUGAUGUUGAAUCUGAUGGAUGUUCUUCACUUUAUUUGUUCCGUUUUUACGAAUGCCUAUUAUGACUCAAAGAAUGACGCACUGUUCUAUGUCGGAAAUAAGUGAACAAGGUUUGUGCACUUCUUCAAUAGAGACUACGCAGAUGAUGUCUUUCACUGAUGAACGUUUUAGCCAAAAUGCCAAUGUGUGCAAAAUCGAAUAUACUCACUUUGGUGAAUUUUAUGUUUGCACAUUGUGUAACGUAAAGUGCACUGGAAGGAAACCCUUUCUACAGCAUAUAUAUGGAUCAGUUCACAAAAGGAACUCCAAUUCAAACACAUUUUUCGGAAAUGAAUGCAACGCGAACUUGAACUCUCUUGAGCAGUACGUCCCACAUUGCAAUGGAUUGGGACAUGAACGGAACGUACUUCCAUCCUCUGAACGUUUGACUUCUGGACAAGGUUGCACCCAGCAAGGAUCUGUUGGAGACAAUGACGCUUCCUACUUUUGUACACCUUGUAGUCUUCAGUGUUCUUCUAAGAAACAACUGGAUUGUCACUUGUUAGGUAGGAAACAUGUAAGACGGUGCAGCAGACAAACAGCGUAUUCGCCUGUUCAGCGGUCGGACAACGUUGUGUUGCAAUCACAAUCGAAUCAGCUUGUUGACCUAGUGCAAGAUUUUUCACAAAUGCAUACUUCGAUGGAGUCAGCAGUUGGAAAUUCGAACAACUCAACUAAUGCAGAAAUGGUUCCCUUUAUUAGAAAGAUCACAGAACUUGAGUCGAGACUCAUAUCAACGACUGGUGUUUCUCUGGUGUUUUCAUCACUGUCAUUUUGCUCACUUCCUCCAUGUCAGCAACAAAUGGACACAGAUGACGCAGUCAGAGCAUCUCUUCAACAAAGCACUUGUGACUCAUAUGAAAGCGAACACUUUUGUAGACACACUGCUUGUGUCUUAGUGCGAUCAUUGCAGAUCUUAUUUACACUAGACAAACAACAAUUGUAUGUUCUUGAGUAAUAAUAAAUGACAACCGAAUAAGGUUGCAAGUCCAUGAUCAUGUGCACGUUGGCGUACUGCUCUGUAGGUUAACAUCUGUGUGAAAUUUGACUAUAUCAGGCUGGCAAAGUUGACUAAACAGAGCAUAUUUCGGUUUCAUGAAUCACUGGUAGAUAAAUAAAUCCUUGCAUAUAUCCACACGAUGGUUAAAUGAGAAAUCGGGGUGGGUUUCUUUGUGGGAAACUGGGAGGAUUUCUUCGAGUGCUUCUCGCGUUUUGAAUUUUUGGAGGAAGCAUCUCUUCUCUAAUGAUGACAAACUUACUAGAGAGAAUUAUGCAUGCAUCACCGAAAGAGAAGCAUUUCUUACACGAAACGUUUUGUUAUAUACAACGAAGCAUAUGUUUCAACACGGUAGAUCAUAGUUUUGUACCGUUUUUAAUGAUCCUGUUUCACAUGCUUCAAUAUUCAAAAUGCAAAGCAUAUUUGUGACCGUGUUUAGAGUUAGUCGUUUUCCUAUUUCGUCUUCUGCUCUGAUAUGUUAUUAAAAUGAGUUGGGAAGCAAAAGUUCAUUCUGAGUUGUUUUGUUUUGGAUUGUUGUGUAUCUCGAGAAAGUUGUAAUCAACAUGAGUACGAUGGACAUUUCAUAUAGUUUACCUAAAAGUACAAAUGUCUGCUACCAAGGUGAAAUAUCGUAUUCUGCUUUGCAAUAAGAUGAAUUAUUGUAUUGGUAAAUGUUUGUUGGUGGACAUUUUAGGUUUUGCGUGAAACAGGCUUAAUGUCGAAGCCACGUGUAUGUUAUACAAAUGGCACUAAAUACGCGCCACUUCACCUUUCUAACGAUUGUCAGGCUGUUGUGAAAGCAUUGUGCUUAUUCACUAGGAAUUCAACUAGUCAAUUUUAAAACAGCAGUAAACUUGUGUUAACUAUUGUCAUCUGAGGUUCUGAAGUCAAACAAGUUUUUUUCGAACGCUAAAUUAAGCUAAAUGGUAUGCUUUUCAUUGCAGACUCCAUCUAACGAGACAUGUUUGUGCCCUAUAGAUAUGAACUAUAGCACAGAACUUAACUAUCGAUUCUCAUUCCACGAAUAGCCCGAGACUGAACACUUCUGGUCAGGUUUGGGACAGGAUAAGGCAGUGGUGCAUCCCCACUGUUUCUAGUGAUUUCCAAGUUGUUGCCUAUGUCAUUCGAUCUGGAUUUCCCUAUUUUACUACAGAGCACGUAAUUUGAAGGUCGUCCAAUGCCUAACUUAGGAGUGAGACAACAUCUUCAUCGAUGAAUACUUUCUUUUGGGAAGGCAAGUAAUCACUUUCAAAUUUCGUAUAUUUCUUCAUCAUGUAGCCUAUCCAUACUUCGGUUUGUAUAUGCACAAUCAAUACUUCACUACUCAUGUUGUUUUUCCUUUGGAGUUUGACAACCUAAGCAACUGUUCAAUGUGUAGGGUUACCUAAUCACAUAGACCUAGUUCCAACCACUGAGUUACGCCUUCGGCUUGUGUCCUACCUAGCAACUUGUGGACAGUCAGGUUAUACUUCUACAGUUACGCACUAAGUGGGGUCGAAAGUUUGAAGGUAAUUUGUGAGUUGUAGUGUUGUGUGGUGUCUUUAUUUCUCUCCUCUUAUGGGUAUUUGUUAAAGUAGUAGAUAAAGGCGUAAGUGGUGAAAAAGGAUAAAUGCCGAUUCUCUGAAACCAAGUAAAAAGGUGUUUCCCUCUGUCCAUUGUGAUAGAUUCUGCAUCAAUCAUCAGGGAUCUAUGAGUAGACGUUCUUUGCAAUUUGUGGAAUUAUGGUGUGAAGUGUUGGUGGUGGUUGCAGACUUUUGAGCUCAAUGGUUUUUAUUUAUCAGUGGAAUUAUUUUUAAACUUUAGAGUAGAAUUCUUCUUGGACAGAACCGUAGUUCGCUGACUAAUUCACUAACAAAUUAGCGAGAAUGUGUGCGCAUGACUUCGGUCCACGGAAUGUAAAGAACGAAGUGUUUGAUUCUGGUAAAUACCCACAGUGAUACAUGUCAGUACACGCGUCUUGUAUUUUCCCUUAUUUCUCCAAGAUAAUGCGCCGAUGAUUUUGGGCACUCUCAAUGCGGCAUAUCAUCGAUCCGAGUAUUUUGUUCACAUCCAUCUUUUG